AUGGUGACCGAAUACGGCGAUCAUCAUUUAUCAGAUGAAGUGACAAUUGAGAUUCUCUCAAUGCUGCCAGUGAAAUCACUCAUACGGUACAAGUGUGUUUGCAAAAAGUGGUAUUGUCUCAUUCAAAACUCAUAUUUUCAUGCAAAGCACCACCAACACCACAACCAUAGAGCACGACUCCUUGUUCUUCACUAUAACAACACCACAGAUAAAUAUGCUUUCGCCCUAUUCCCUGAUGAAACUCUUGCAAGCAAACCAUUUAUUUAUAACGAUAUGAAUGAUCUUCAGAUGCCAGGAUAUCCUGGUGUUUUUGGUCCCUUUAAUGGCAUACUUGGUCUUUGGGUAACAGAUCGCCUAGCUCUAUGGAAUCCUGCUACAAGAGAAUUCAAGCCACUCCAGGUCCCUAAACCCAAUCUUCCAACUGAUUACAGCGCCUAUUGUGAUUUCUUUGGGUUUGGAUUGGAUCCUGUAACCAACUACUACAAGGUUGUUUGGAUUCGGUACUUUAAAAAUGAGGAAUAUGACAAUCCUUACGACCCUAUUAUUGUUUCAGUGUAUAAUCUAUGCACUGAUAUUUGGAGACUCUUUGAAUUAGAUUUUUCUCAAUGUGACUUCCUACAUGAGUCUUUGUGUAACACAUACAUGAAUGGAAUUUAUCAUUGGUUGACCACUAACAAGGGCAAAAUAUAUAAAAUCCUUACAUUUGAUAUGAGUAAUGAGAUUUUUCGUAAUAUAAAAGCACCGCCAGAUAUUCCCGAAUCACAAUGUGGUUAUCUUGCCAUGUACCUUGAUUCUAUUGCUUUGUUACUUUAUGAAGAAGAUGCAUUUGAGAAACAUUUUGACAUUUGGGUAAAGAAGGAUGAGGAGUGUUGGACCAAAGAGUUUACUAUCGGACCCAUUUCAGAUGUCACUAGGCCACUUGGUUUCUGGAAGUAUAAUGAGCUCUUUGUAGAGCUAAAAACUUCAAAUCUGGUUUUGUAUGAAUCUGAAACUCAAGAAAUUAAGGAUCUUGGACCUCGUGGACAGGAUUAUUGCCUUUCAGUCUUUAUUUACAAAGAGAGUUUAGUGUCAGUCAGGGGAACAAAUGAAGGUCAGGAAGUGGGUAAUGCUUCUGAUAUGGUUCAAGUUCAAGACUUAUUCAAAUAUCCUCCUAUUUUCAUAUGGGGAUGUCAAACAGUUGAAGAAAUUCAGUCUCUUAUAAAUGUUUAG